GAGCGCCGCAAUCGGACGCAAUCUCCCAUAAAUACAUCCACAUUCACACACACACUCGCACCCGCCCCCACGCAACCACACCAACAUGUCGGCGGCCACCACAUACACGCGCCUCCGAAAUUUGGGACCCAGUUCCAACAACAAAAUGGCGCCCAACACAACAAUGUUUUUCGACAAAAAACCCACUAACGAAGCCACAUACACACUGAAACUUGGCGGUGCGCAGCUAAAUGGCCCAGGAAAUGGCAAAAGUUGUGGCGGCGGCGGUUCGCACAGUGUUGGCUCCAGUGAAUCUUCAGAUCCAUUAGAAUCAGAUUGCAGUGAGGAGUGCGAAGAGGAGGAGGUGCCUAAACACGUGCUGGACGAUGAGGCGCGACGACAAGCGCGCAAAAAUAAUGAUAUACACGAAGAGGAGGAUGAUGAAGCGGAAGAAGAGGAUGAUGAAGGUGAAGAGCUCGAUGAAGAGGAUGACGAUCCCGAAGAGGAGGAAGAGGAUGAUCCCGAUGAGGUGGAUGAUGGAAAUGAGACUGACGAUGAGGGUGAUGAUGAUGAUGAGACAGAUGACAGCAGCAGCGUCGAAACGGCGAAAGGUGUGCGAAAAUAUCAUCUGGAUGAUUUUCAAAUAAUCAAGACUGUGGGUACGGGCACUUUUGGCCGCGUUUGUUUAUGCCGCGAUCGCGUGUCGGAGAAGUACUGUGCCAUGAAAUUAUUGGCUAUGACCGAUGUGAUACGCUUAAAGCAAACCGAGCAUGUAAAGAAUGAGCGAAAUAUUUUACGUGAAAUUCGACAUCCAUUUGUGAUCAGUUUAGAAUGGUCCACAAAGGAUGACUGUUGUUUGUACAUGAUCUUCGAGUAUGUUUGUGGUGGUGAAUUGUUUACAUAUUUGCGAAAUGCGGGACGUUUCAAUAGUCAAACUUCCAACUUCUACGCUGCUGAAAUCGUCUCUGCCUUAGAAUAUUUGCAUUCACUGCAAAUUGUCUAUCGCGAUCUGAAACCAGAGAAUUUGCUGAUAAAUCGUGAUGGCCAUUUGAAGAUCACAGAUUUUGGCUUUGCGAAGAAAUUGCGCGAUCGCACUUGGACGCUAUGUGGCACACCCGAAUAUUUGGCACCCGAAAUCAUACAAUCGAAGGGUCAUAACAAGGCGGUGGAUUGGUGGGCGUUAGGUGUACUCAUUUACGAGAUGCUCGUUGGCUAUCCGCCUUUUUACGAUGAGAAUCCAUUCGGAAUUUAUGAGAAAAUUUUAAGUGGCAAAAUUGAAUGGCCGCGUCAUAUGGAUCCGAUUGCGAAAGACUUAGUUAAGAAAUUGCUGACAAAUGAUCGCACCAAACGCUUGGGCAACAUGAAGGUGAGUAAUGGGGCCGAUGACGUGAAGCGACAUCGAUGGUUCAAACACUUGAAUUGGAAUGACGUCUACAACAAGAAACUAAAGGCACCAAUCGUACCCGAUGUCACAUCCGAUGGUGAUACGAGCAAUUUUGAUGACUACCCCGAAAAGGAUUGGAAACCAGCCAGAGCAGUAGACCAAAGAGAUUUACAAUUGUUUAAUGAUUUCUAAAAACAAAAAUAUAGCAUUUAAGUUUUGUAGUUUUUAUUUAUUUAUUAC